UUUUAUUUUUAAGAAAAUGUUUGAUUUUCUUAGACCAAUUCAAGACCCUACUCUAAGAAUAAUGAUACCUGAAGAAAUUUUGGACAGGCAUCAGCAUCACAGUCACCAUGGAUCGGCCAGCAACAGUCGAAAUGGAAAUAGCGGACAAUGUAGUUCUUGCUUCGAUGAGUCAGAAGAAGAUGAUUAUGGUGAUAAUGUUGGAGGAGGGGGGAUGGCUCUCACACCUCCUCAAAUUAGGCGCAAAUUUAAGGCAUAUACCGUAAUGCAACGAUCGGGCUUUCAACAUACUGAGUAUAAAUAUGUACAAAUUCUUACUCAUCUAUGCAAGGCAGAAAUAUUUAUUUCCGCUAUUUAUGGUAUUCAUGGCUUAUAUUGUCCUGGAUUUGAACAAGAAAGUGCUUAUCAGGGGACUUGUCAUAUAAAUGUUCUCUCUUCCCUAGUUGGGUUAUUUACGGGGGGAAUGGGACUUGGAGCUGUUCACAGGUGCAUUAUUUCUUCAGUGGCUAAUCUUCUAUCUUUAAAAUCUCGUACGGGCCUAGCAAAUGGCCUUUCUGGAUUGAUGCUUUUAGGCAAUGUUCUAGUUGGUGUUUGUUUUAUUCUUACAUCAGUAAUUAUUUGUCAUUAUUGGGCAUCAAAUUCAACAAGAUACCAGCCAGUAGGGAGAGUUGCGAAGAGAACGCUUCCACGCACUCAUCAGGGUAAACGUCGCUCUACUAAAGCUACAAACUCAUUAUCUACAAUUGGUUUUAAAAAAUAA